GAGUGGGGAUGGGAGAGCUUCGGGCAAGUACCUGUGUAACAUGCAGUCUCUAGGUGGCAGGUUGUACCUGAGGCUGAUGUGGAUUGUGAUGGUGGUGAUGGCUGAGAACAGAAACGGAGAUCCCAUGAGCCUGGGGGAGAUCGAGACUCAGUGCUGGGAGAGCUCCUCCCUCACCCUGGUUCAGAUGAAGAAGCCUCCACUGGCCGAGACAGUCAGUGGGCUCUGGGAUUUCAUGAUCUACCUGAAACUCUCCGACAAACCCAAACACGGCGCUCUGUUCCUCGACCUGGCUCAAGUCUUCUGGGAUACUUAUGUGGACUGUGUGCUGUCACGAUCCCAUGGGCUGGGAAGGAGGCAGAUCAUAGCCAGAUAUCCAUUAAAGUAUCCCAAGUACACAGCAGCAGGGUUGACACGUUCAAGUGACAAGAAAUUAAGGAUUUAAUGUGUGCAAGAUAAUCUCAGAGGAAUGCGCAUCAUACAUGCCAGAAUCGGCGUGUUGCUAAAGGAAGGGUGUUCACUACACUCACUGGCUGUGCACUCUAAACCCGAUGCCCAGAGAAAUCACUCCUUGAUCACCAAAGCAAUGUUCUUGUGAUGAUACAAAACUCUUUUAAAUGGACCUUGUAGACUCUUCGUUUUUUUCCGAAAAACCAAAAUACCGUAAAUGUUUUAACUUAAGGAUUUGCUGGUAAUCAACAGGAAUACACAUAGACGUUCAGCAUCUGUAGUGAAAUUUUCAUAGCUUGUUUUAAAAUAUUUCAACUUAACACUAAUCAGCUGUUAAAAUAAAGUCAGCAUUAACAGCAUAUGGGGAUUUCAAUGUUAUUGUCAAUUGACCUUGCUGUAUAGUUGCUGUAUAGUUGCAAACGUGCAUUUAAAGUUAUGUCUUUUAAAAAUAGUUUAAUUUGUUCCAUGAAGGUAGCUUUUGUGUCUGAACCCCAAAUGUGCUCUCUAAAAUGUAUUCAGAUUGCAUUAAUGACCACUCAGGUAAGCUUCUAGAGUAAAGAAAGGUGUCACUGUUCCGAGGGGAACAUUUUGUAGACACCUUCCUUUAUCACAGACACGUUAGUAACUUAACUCUAAUGCCUCAUCGACUUUGAGAUUGUAAUGUUAUUUUUAUAAACGCUGUAAAGGCUACAGGUAUAUUUUGUUAUUGUGUUUCUUCAACGGUUUGAGUUGAAAUUCCAUUCAUAAAUGCUUUGUGCUUUUCCCAUAUUUUAGGUUGUGUUUGUUUUAAAUGUUUUUGUGAGUCAUUUAAAUGUCAAUGGAGAAAAGAGCAUUAUUAUUUCUGUAUGAUUGCAUUUCCUUUGCUGUUGAAUAAAAAUGAUUUCA